CGGAGAUUACGCCAAUGGUCACCGUAAGAAGCUGCCCAAUUAUAUACGGAGUAUUUCUUAUACCAAUGAAGAUCAAUUGCUCACUGCCUUCGAUAAUGAAACCCACCGAAAAACUCGAGUUCCAGAUCGGCUUCGUCAUUACCUCCACCACCGCCAUCAUCUCUGGCCGGAAUCCACGUUAUGGCCCAUUGAAGAAACUGCUGCCAGUUGCUAUUUCCCAACUUCUGUCUUCCAAGCCAUCUGCACAUUCUGUUCUGCACUUGGAUUGCAUAAUCACAAUGCCAGAAUAGUUAAUCAUGAUGAAGUCAACUCAGAAUUAAUGACUGUGGAUGAUCAGCUUCUUCUUGGUUUCAAAGAUGAGAGUUUUCCUAUUCUAGAUAGGAGUACUUGUUUUCUUGAACCUCUAUACAACUCCAACGACUUGUUUCUGCCUCAAGUAAAGAUUUUUCAAGAUAACAAUUAUUUCAAUGGGUUUGUGCCAAUGUUACCCGAGUUUGAAAGUUUGCCAGUUUAUAAAAGCGAAAAUGGCUUAGGGACUAAGGAGAGUAGUAAAUGUAAUGAGAAGAAUUUGUCAGCACAAAGCAUUGCGGCGAGGCAAAGGAGAAAGAAGAUAACCGAAAAGACACACGAACUGGGGAAGUUGAUUCCUGGAGGAAAAAAGAUGAACACUGCUGUGAUGUUUCAAGCUGCUUAUAAGUAUAUUAACUUCUUGCAAGCCCAAGUUGGAAUUCUUCAAUUCAUGGCUUCAUAUCAGGAAGAAAGAGAGCUAUUUCAAACUCCACAAAUUUGUUGGAUCUCCAUUAAUUCAGGAGAAGUUGUAUUCCAGUGACAAGUGUUUAGUUCCUGAAAUGUUCAUUAAAGCUCUAGCCAAUGAUCAUGAGUUCCAGCAUUCAAAUCCUCGGGUUUUGAAGGAAGUUAACCAGCUGAUUAAGCCAAGCAGCUAAUAGUAGGAGAAUCUAACAGUAGUUCAGUUUAUUUUGUUAAUUUGCCUGUUGUUGUUAUUUGCUUUUUCAUUUUUUGUUGGAAUUAUUGCUUAUUUAAUUCUGCUCUAUUUUUGUUCUAGUAUUUAGA